GGCGGAAAGUAAGUAAACAGGGAAAUACGGCUGGGCCGUGGGCCACGAAGAAGACGGAGGAGAUGCGGGUAGUCGAUGGCAAGCAGGCGAGCCGUGGCUCAGGACGUCUGACCUCUUCCCGAUCCGUGGAUCAGGAACCUUGCUUUUCGUUACUUCUACCGGCGACGAGCUGAUUGCGGGGGUACUGUCGUCUCCUACCUCUGGCUGCUGGAAUUUUCGAAUGGAAAAGGCGCCGAGCUUGGGAAGAGACGAUUCUAUGAAGCCAAGGUCUGUCGGUGGGACAUGGUGUUCUUGAUGCAGCCAAUUAGGAGAUGCAUCAUGCUGGAGGAGGUAACUGACAGUGACGUCCCUAUGGAGCCCCUACCUUACUCGGUGAACACGCCGCCGGCGGGGAUGGAGCAGAAUUUGUGCGGCAGGGGCACCGGCGCCAUGCAAGAGGGAGUACUCGCCACAAGCUUCGACGGGCAGAUUUGUGCGGCAGGGGCACCGGCGCCAUGCAAGAGGGAGUACUCGCCACAAGCUUCCACAGUUGGUAGGAAAUAUGGAUCCUACAGCUCCAGGAUGGACCAACAGAUUAGAUAUCAGGUGGGAUAUCAGAAUAGUGUGAACAAUUAGAGAUUUAGUUGGACACUUAAAAGUGUUCGCGGACACGUGAAGUGUUGGUUCAGUAAUUUACAGUUUUUGUAGGUGCUGAUAAACAUUGGGUGCCAAAGAAAAUGAGCUCUUUACUGCCGAAUGUGACAGUUAAGAGUUGUUCGUAAGAGUGAAGAACCAAUGCCUUUUUCUAUGAGAGUGCUGCUGGAUUGCGUUCUUUUAUGUGGAUAAUAGUUAAAAAUUCCAACGGGAAUUGUAGGCAGUACUGAACUUACAAAGUCAUCAAACGCAUUAAUAAAAUGGAUACAAUUAAGUAGGCAAUCAUUGGAUGAAGGGGAAAAGCCUAUAUUUUGUUUGUGCAUAAAUUGUCACUAUACUGACAUCCGCGCGUGCAUGCUGACUUCAGGGUUAGAAUUUGUGCUGCCGUACCAGGGAGAAACACCAUGAGAUAACACAAGAGUGUGCACACAAAAUGAUGAAACAUUAUCAGGAGGCUCAUUAUGCAUGGUAUGGCAGUAGCAGUUUGUGCAUCAUGCAAGAUAUUCCUCAUCGUGAAUUCGGGUUUGAUUGGGUGCCUCCAUGUCAGAUACGGCAAUUUUUUAUAGGGGGAGUAGAUUCAGUUCUCUUAGUCUAGGGUUGCUCGGUGUUUCGCUCAAAUUCGAAGUUGGGUGUUCGAUUUAUCGGGGGCUGCUGUGGUCACUUCUAUGGCGGUUGUUGGGUGUUCGAUUCAUCGGGAGCUGCUGCUGCAGGAAUUCAGAAGCCCCCUUCUUGGUAAAUGAUUGAUGGUCCUGAAGGAAUUCAGGCCUUAUGUUUAGCAGGGAACGAGGAAAAAAAAUAGGAUUAUGUUUUCUAUGGCGUGCUUGUUCUCCUAAUGGAGAUAAAGAGUUCAUUCCAUUUAGUUCUCACAUUUUGUCAUUUUGUACAGUCUAGAGCUCUCUUAAUAUUGAAAGAAUAUAUACGUGGUAGCUCUUGUUUGCUCACUAUUGUCUUUGAAUCGACUAUGAGUUAGAAGGCAUAAUUAAGUACGAUGGUACUGAUGCUGAAUGUAUUACAUUAGGUGAUAUAUAGGCUCAUGAUAACUGAAUAUGCAUGGCUGAGUAAUAGACUGUUACUCACUUUAGUUUGCGACUUGAAAUAUAUCUCACGCAUUGCACAAAACCUUGCAUCUAAUCUAACUAUUAUGUGCCUCUUAAAAUAUAAGUAGACUUGACUGCCACAGGUGUGACUCAUAUCAGUUAGUAUCAAAAUUUAAAUAACUGGUUUACACUUCACAUUUCCAUCUGACUUGGGCUUGUAUUGGAGUGACAUAUAAUCUGUCAUUUAGUGUUGAGGUUCAUUUUUUUUGCAUCAGCACAUAGGAACUCCGACAUUCUUCGUACUGAGUGCAUUUCUAAACAUCUAACUGAAGAGCUCAAUGGAAGAUGACUUCGAUACAUAUAUCUCACUACAUAAUGAGAAAUAAUGUUCUUUUUCAUUGUCUUUGUUUCUGCAUCUUUCUCCAAUUCCCUUAAAAUCCUCUAUGCUACUGUUUAACUAUAUUUUUUCUGUUUCAUUCAGGUGUCAGAACAUAAUUAAGCAACUUUGGUUUGGCUACGAAUGAUGUGCUGAAUUAGCAAUGCUAAGAGAAUGCAUUCUAUAGGACGAGGUUUCACUAGCAUAAAUAAAAUUUUCUGGUUGCACUACGUGAUCGAAUCCUUACCGGUACUAGUUGGUUGCACCAUGCUUCACGAUGUCAAUACGUGCCUGCUAGGUUGCUACUGGUAGCUUCCAGUUAGUUGUGUUCUUGUGUAUUCUAAGAAUAUAUAUAUUUACUUCCCUUUUUUGUCCAGUUAGUUUUUGAAAUAAUAUACAGAAACAUGCACUAUUAGGUUAUGAAAGUAAUUUUAAUAUUUUCUCAAAGUAUUUUUUGUACUUUUUCUCAAUUGUUAAUCUCUCUGCAUAACCUAUGUGCAUCAUUAGACUGGUUAAGAAAAGGACAGUCAUUUAGCCGAAAGAUCAGAAUUUUAUUUCUCUCUGUAACUACAUUGGAAGUUAAUAGAAUGCUAUCCUUGAACAUGAAACUCUGCUCACUGUUCUGAACAUUUUCAACUUGUGUUCUUUUGUCCCAAUCCCUAAGUUAUCAUGCUUAUGACCUAGGUUAACUGAUAAUGGAUUGAAUUUGUUCUGAAAUCCUUCCAAGUCAUGGUGACAAAGGUUAGUUCGCAUUCAUAUAUAUGCUUUUCAUAUCCUCUGCCUUUUGUUUGAACUAAUUUCAUAUCCUCUGCCUCGUUUGACACAUGUGAGAUGAAAUGUUCGCAUAUUCAAAAACAAAACACAUUUGCUCGCUCAGUCAUAUGUAUUGAUAAUGCUUCUAUUGCCAGUAAUCACAUGCAGUAGGAGGUGACCUGCUUCCAGGAGCACCUCCUGCUAAUGUUUGCAUGUACAUAGUUGCUGCUCUAAUGCUUCAUGGUGGACGGCCUGCCCCUAACCCAAUUGAAGUCUCUGAAUCCGCCCACUGCUUCUCAAUCACAGCGAGGAUCUGCUUCUCAAUCACAGUGCGGAUCAGGGAAGUCCAUGGGCUCCAGUUAUCUAUAUUCCGCAAGACCCAAAAUGAUACUGUAGAUAUUUUUCGAAACGGGAUACUGUAGAUAUUAUAUCCAAGACUUCCAAGUUCCAAGUGACUGGAGACAUGCAUGUAAUAGCUUACUGUGAAAAUCACUCCCGCCUUCAUCCUAACAAGAAAACAUCUGAGGUGCCAAGAUUCAA